CCCCAGGAAAAUAAAGUCAGCAGAGCAUCACGUGGUAAAGCACGACUCACAGGGCAAAAUCGUAACUUUAUCACCCGGCAUUUAAAAAACUUCCACGCCCAGCAACUGGUUCUUGUCCGUUUCAGAUCACCGUUUCUCUCGCUCAGUAAUUUGCAUUUUCUAGAGAGAGAAACCGUUGAUCACUCUUACUCUUGGGACGGUGGACGACAGAGGUAAGAGAUGGGGGCAAUAGGUGAAGAGGAGUUGAUGAAAUGGGAUAAGAUGCAAGGAGGAACAAGUGCCCGUGAAGAGAAGAUUCUUGUAUUGGUCAGGUUGAGGCCAUUGAGUGAGAAAGAGAUCGCAAGGAAUGAAGUAUCAGAUUGGGAAUGCAUAAAUGAGACCAGCAUAUUGUUCCGGAAUACCCUCCAAGAAAGGUCUAUGUUUCCAACAGCUUAUACAUAUGACAGAGUAUUUGGGGGUGACUGUUCAACAAGGCAGGUCUAUGAUGCAGGAGCAAAAGAGAUCGCUCUUUCGGUCGUCAGUGGUAUUAACUCAAGUAUUUUUGCAUAUGGGCAAACAAGUAGCGGGAAAACUUACACCAUGCUUGGAAUAACUGAGUAUACGGUUGCUGAUAUAUAUGACUAUAUACAGAGGCACGAAGAAAGGGCGUUCGUUUUAAAGUUCUCUGCAAUAGAGAUAUAUAAUGAAGUCGUUAGAGACCUUCUCAGCACAGAAAAUAUUCCACUUAGACUCUUAGAUGACCCAGAGAAAGGGACGAUUGUGGAGAAGCUUACAGAAGAAACUUUGAGGGACCAGAAGCAUCUAAAGGAGCUUCUAUCCGUUUGUGAAGCUCAGAGACAAGUGGGAGAGACUUCUCUCAAUGAAACAAGCUCUAGAUCUCAUCAAAUUCUCAGAUUGACAAUUGAGAGCUCCGCCCGUGAGUUUGUAGGAAAGGGCAAGUCCACAACUCUGGCAGCCAGUGUGAAUUUUAUUGAUCUGGCCGGGAGUGAGCGUGCCUCACAGGCAUUAUCGGUUGGACAAAGACUUAAAGAAGGCUGCCAUAUCAAUCGGAGCCUACUGACACUGUCAACUGUUAUUCGCAAGCUAAGCAAGGGAAGACAUGGGCACGUAAAUUACAGAGACUCUAAGCUAACAAGAAUUUUACAACCCUGUCUGGGAGGCAAUGCCAGAACCGCCAUCAUUUGCACCUUGAGCCCUUCUCUAAGCCAUGUUGAGCAAUCUAGGAAUACUCUCCUGUUUGCCAGUUGUGCAAAAGAAGUUACUACAAAUGCUCAAGUAAAUGUUGUAAUGUCAGACAAAGCCUUAGUUAAGCAGUUGCAAAAAGAGUUGGCUCGAUUAGAGAGCGAGUUGAGAACUCCUGCCCCAACUUCUACUUCUGAUCAUACAGCAUUACUGAGGAAGAAAGAUCUUCAGAUUGAAAAGUUAGAGAGAGAGGUCAAAGAGCUAAGUAAGCAACGCGACCUUGCUCAAUCCAAGCUCGAGGAUGCAUUACGAGAGAUUCGAAAUGGCCUGUUUUCUGACCAGGGCAACAAGAAAAAUAGGGUCCUGUCCCAGCUCUCAGAUGACGAGGAAGACCUAUCCGAUGGCACCUCUCCUUCAGUUUCAAAUAGAAGGAAGUUCGGUCGAUCUGGUCUGGGUCGGCAAGAGUUGGCGCUGCAAAAUGGUGAAGAUUCUAAUGCCAUCUGCAAGGAUGUUCGCUGUAUUGAAAUGGAUGAGUCCUGCAAGGAUGGAACUGUUGAUCUUCUUUCCCUGUCAACUGGUCAGGACGAUGGGCGAGUGCCAGCAUCGACAUUAUCCGGUACUGGAGAUUCAGAAGAUGAAGAAAUCAUGUCAUCAUCAGGUCAAGGAGUAAGGCGCCUCCGAAAUUCCUUUAAUUAUGGUGCAUUAGAGCAGAAAGUUCAAGAUGUGCAAAAGACGAUUGAUACUCUAUAUGGCACUUGCCCUGCUGAACCAUCUCCUUGGUCCCUCACAACUGAUAUGCCUAGUUCUGGAAGCCUAAAAUUGACUAGGAGCUCUAGUUGUAGACCUAAUCUCAUGAUUGGCUCAUCUUCACCCAGCUAUUAUGAAAUGUUACAACCAAACGAGAAAACGCCACCUACUCAGGCUGCAAAGCUUUUUACUGGAAGACCAGCACACUCUCAAAGGAGAAUUCCCCCACUAAAUUAUAAUGAGAACACUGCGAGUGUAAGGCUUUCAAGAAAUGAUUCCCAAUCUUCUGUGGGGAGUGUCCUUUUGGAUGAGCUGAAAGGUCAAAACAGGGUACCUGGAGAUGAAGAUAUCCCUAGCAUUGACAUGUUCGUUGCAGGAAUGAAUGAAAUGGCUAAGAUUCAGUAUGAGAAGAAAGCUGAAAAUAAUCAGGCUGGGGAGACAGAUUUGAAGGAUGAAAUGUUUGUGAAGAAUGUGAAAGAUGUCGGUUUGGACCCAAUGCAGGAUGUAAUGGGAACUCUUACAGACUGGCCUUUGGAAUUUGAACGGCAGCAGAGGUCGAUACUUGAACUUUGGCAAACUUGCAAUGUAUCACUGAUUCAUAGGACAUACUUUGUUCUGCUCUUCAAAGGUGAUCCCAUGGAUUCCAUUUACAUGGAAGUAGAACUUCGAAGACUUUCUUUCCUUAAAGAAACAUUUUCGAGGGGAGGUCCAGCUGUGGAAGAUGGUCGGGCUCUGACAUUGGCUUCAAGCUUGAAAGCUCUUCGUCGUGAACGAGAGAUGCUGAGCAGGUUAAUGUACAAAAGGUUUUCGGAAGAGGAACGAAACAGGAUUUAUGAGAAAUGGAAUAUCACUUUGGAUUCGAAAAGGAGGAGGCUGCAACUGAUCCAACGUCUGUGGAGUGACACAAAGGAUAUGAACCACAUUAUGGAUAGUGCUGUAAUUGUUGCAAGGCUUGUUAGGUUCUCAGAGCAAGGACAGGCGCCAAAAGAAAUGUUUGGCCUUACCUUUACUCCUCCACGUAUGAUGAGGCGAUCAUCGUUUGGAUGGAAACAGAGCACUGCUCCUCUCUACUGAGCUUCACAUAUGCAAGGCAGUAAUACUGAUUGUUGAAUAUGGAUGAUUAACAACCAGUGAUGAUAUUGAUAGAAAUGUGAAAUGUUUGACUGGCCUGGUAGUUUAGAUCAAUGUUGAAUAUCUAACUUUCUUUUAAUGUUUAUUAAGGUGUGAACAAAUUAUGAACUACUUACUAUUAGUCAAGGGAACUACUGUUUGGUUGA